CGUCGAUAAGCCAAGCAUUGCCAAGGCAAUAGACGCUACCCUGCGUUUCUGUGAGACUGCAGGAGCUACUGUAAAUUUUGAAAAAAGUAGAGGCUUUUGGCUAGGCAUGUGGGCACUCACUCCCUCUAUAUUCGCGAAUAUUCAUUGGAAUCAGUCUCCGUUGCGAUAUCUUGGAGUACCUCUCGAUAACUUCCGUAAUAGUGGACCUCAUUGGACGUCCACGAUAACCACUAUUCGUCGAAAGGUGACAACCUGGCAGGGACGUGAUCUCUCCAUUUUUGCGAGAGCUAAGGCAUGCAAUACAUUUCUCGCUUCGAAGCUUCUUUAUGUGCUGCAGGUCUUACACUGCUCACGUGUCCAUGUCCAGGCAUUUCAUAGAAUAUUUGCAUGUUUUAUUUGGCAUUCAUCAUGGGAAGCCAUGAGAAGGGACAACCUUUUUCUCCCUCUUGAAAAGGGAGGCCUGGGUCUUGUGCAUUUGUUUGUGCGACAAUUGGUCAUGCGCUUAUUUUACCUUAAAAAUGUCGGUCAUCCAUUCCUGCUCGCAGUUAAUCGAGCACGUCUUGCGUCACACCUCCCUUUUCUUUAUGUCACGACAAACUUUGCUCAAGAACUACCGUUAUGGGGCUUCCUAAAGGAACUUGUCGACACCAUUUCCUUCUUAAAAGCCAGAUUCACCCUUGAAUAUUUGUUUACCGUUAAUCGCACGUCGCUAAAUGUAGCACUUAUAGAUAUCCUUUUCCCUGAACCUCUGUACCGAAAGCCGUAUCUGUCUCUAUUUGGCCAAGAUGUUCUUUGCCGUGUCCGUAGAAUGUGCAUUGCGCCUGCAGCGAAAACGUUUUUCUUUAAGCUGCACACCUCCACACUGCCAGUUAAAACGUGGCUUCAGGAAAAAGGACUGUUCGUACCCUGGAAUACAAAUUGUAGACUUUGCAAUCAACCCGAGACAAUAGAGCAUUGCUUUAUACUUUGUCGUGACGCAUUUCAUUUUUGGGACAUUCUACAAAGAACUCUCAAAAAAGACUUUCCUCUCACAUGCUAUGGUAUCCGGUUCCUUCCUUUCAAAAAGACAGCCAGUAAUACACCAUAUGAUUUGUUUAUGUUAUUAGGACUUCAUUCAUUAUGGAGAAGUCGAAUGAUCGACAGACAUGCCGAGCCACCUCGCUCGACAAGGUCUAUCUUCCGUGAAGAGACUGCUCAAGUCCGUAGUGUGGUUGCUACAUAUGAUCCAGUACCUGAAUGGAUUUCGCGUUUGGACGCUUGUGUUUGUUUGCCAGAAUUUUGAACUGUCAUUGGACUGCAUACUGUGUGUGAACUUGUUUUGUGUGCGUGUAUGUUCAUAUGUAAUGUAACGGCAUUGAUUUGACACUACCAUUAUUUCCAUGCAAUAAAGAAAAAAAAAAAAUGUCAGGAGUGGUGCAGUGGUAAGAUACCGGGCUCGGAAUCGUGAGGUCGCAAGUUCGAAUCCUAGCGGGGACGUUAUUUUUUUUCAUUUUUUUUUACUUUUAUAUUUUUCUUUUAUUGUACUAACAAAUUUACAUAGCCUUAAGGAGGUCUCUGUCAAUAUUUAAUUAAAUAUUGAUCAAGAACUACAGAAGUUUCUACUACAGGACAUCACACUACAAACAACAGAACUACAGACAACAGAACUACAGGCAACAGAACUACAGGCAACAGAACUACAGAAACAACGUCCCAAAAUACGACAGACUGAAAAUUUCCUGUUGUGUUUUUCAACU